CCUAGUGGGGGUGGGUCUAAGCUUGGGUUUCUGGCGCUCCUGGAACUUUCUGGAGCCCAUUCUUCCACCGGGUCGGCCCGAGAAUACGGGAGUGUGAGGCGAGAGCCGGAAUUGCCCAGGACCGUGGCAGUCCCGAGCAAACUCGGAAUUUUCAAAUCAGUGGGACGGCCGCCGAGGCCUGUGAGGACGCGGUGGAACAGGACUGCGGGCGGGUACUCUGUGCAGAACGAGUGUCUCGCAGAACAAAGCCCUGCAGCACCUCCACCCUGCUGACUCUCGUUUGCCUCUUUCGGCUUCUCUUACAGCUUAGUUCUCUUGCCUCUUUCAGCUUAGUUCUUUAGUCCUGAGGUUCUGGGAACCCACUGAGCAACAAAUGCUGAGCAAGGUGGGUCUGGACCCCAGAACAAUCUCACAGGCCUUGGAUCUUGCUCCUUUUCACACGCAGUCCCUGACCUCGUAAUUCAUACUGCGAGGUUAGAAGAGCUCUGCAAGUCCACACUCCUAUGCACGAGUUAUCUGUCUUGGGCCUUGCGGCCUCCUACACGUUCCGUUCAGGGCAGCACUAAACAGGGAAACAUUUGCAAUCCCUUUGUGCAAACUGAGGACGAUGAACUCUUCCCUGGCCCGGCGUUCACCUGGCGUGGCGAGCCGGUGACACGGAGUAGCACCAAGAGUGACUGACAGAUUGUUUUAUUUGAUUUUCUAAGUUCCACAUAUCUGAACUUGGAUCUACCGUCUGCAAAAGAGAGGGGAAGGAAGAGAAAGAAAGGGAGAGAAACGUCAGUGUGCUGACCCUCUUGCAAGAGAGUCCCCAACAGGGGACCUGGCCCACAACCCAGACGUGUGCCCUGACUGGAAAGCAAACUGAUGACCUUUCAGUUUGCAGGAGGAUGCCCAAGGCAACCACAUAACCCAGGGAAACUCCAAGGCUGUGGGUACACCUGCAACAUGGAGUGAAGAAUUAAGGAAGAAUACUGCUGCACAGAACCACCCCCAUGCUGAGGUUAUUUGGAGUGGGUCACAACCUGGGCCUGGAGUCUGCAAUCUGAGGCACCCUUCUCUCAUUUUGUGGCUGAGAGUAAUGAUGCGGGUGUGCUGGUUGGUGAGACAGGACAACCGGCACCAGCGGAUCAAACUUCCACAUUUGGAAGCAGUCACCAUUGGGCGUAGCCCAGAGACCAAGAUCACCGAUAAGAAAUGUUCUCGACAGCAAGUACAGUUGAAAGCAGAGUGUAACAAAGGAUACGUCAGGGUAAAGCAGGUAGGGGUCAAUCCCACCAGCAUUGACUCAGUCAUAAUUGGGAAGGACCAAGAGGUGAAGCUGCAGCCUGGCCAGGUUCUCCACAUGGUGAAUGAACUUUAUCCAUAUAUUGUAGAGUUUGAGGAGGAGGCAAAGAGCCCUGGCCUGGAGACACACAGGAAGAGAAAGAGGUCAGGCAGCAGUGAUUCUGUAGAAAGGGAUGCUGCCCAGGAAGCUGAGCCCAGUACAGCACUGCAGCCUGGGAGUAACUCUAGCCAGUGCUUUGUGCCCCCAAACAAGGAAACAGAUGCAUCUACCAAAAAGGAGUCAUUGGGCCACUGGAGUCAAGGCUUGAAGAUUUCUAUGCAGGACCCCAAAAUGCAGGUUUACAAAGAUGAGCAGGUGGUGGUGAUUAAAGAUAAAUACCCCAAGGCUCGUCACCACUGGCUGGUCUUACCAUGGGCCUCCAUUUCCAGUCUGAAGGCUGUGACCAGGGAACACCUUGAGCUCCUCAAACACAUGCAUGCUGUGGGGGAAAAGGUGAUUGCAGAUGUUGCUGGGUCCAGCAAACUCCGCUUUCGAUUGGGCUACCAUGCCAUUCCCAGCAUGAGCCAUGUCCACCUUCAUGUCAUCAGCCAGGAUUUUGAUUCACCUUGCCUUAAAAACAAAAAACAUUGGAAUUCUUUUAAUACAGAAUACUUCCUAGAAUCACAAGCUGUGAUUGCGAUGGUACAAGAGGCUGGAAGAGUGACUGUCCGAGAUGGGAUGCCUGAACUCUUGAAGCUGCCCCUGCGUUGUCAUGAGUGCCAGCAGCUGCUGCCUUCCAUUCCUCAGCUGAAAGAGCAUCUUAGGAAGCACUGGCCAGAGUGAUUCUGUGGAGCCUGAGCUUCUGCAGCAAGUAUGACUGAAUGUUUAGAGCAAAAUCCUGGCACCUGUUCUGGACUGCUUGUGAACUUUUACUUAUUUCUUGAACUAAAAAAUACAGG